AUGUCAGAUAUUUUUCAAAUAAGUUCCGAUUGUAAACAAGAUCAUUUUAAAAUAUGUGAAGCUCGUUUAACUAUGGAUUUUAAUACGAAAUUUGUAUCAUAUAGUUUAACAACAGCUGAUGCAAAUGAUAAUUCAUCAUUAAUACGAGCUGAUUUAGUUGAAGAUUAUUUAUCUUAUUUUAAUACUGAUAUAACAGCAAUAAGAUUUCGACAAUUAAAAAUGAAAUUUUCGAAAACAAAUCCUCAUGAAUUAAAUAUUAAUUAUUAUUGUCGAACACAAAUCAAUGAUUGUGCAUAUCAUGAAUUAAAAACUAUUUAUUCAGUAUAUAUAGCUAAUCAAGAUAUAUUAAAACGUAUUCAACCAAUCUUCUAUGAUGAAUCAAUAUCUUCCGGUACUAAAAUUCCAUGUAUGAAUGAGAUAUCAAACGAACAGACAAGUUUAUGUUCUGGUUAUUGUACAUUAACAUUAGGUUUACAUACAAUGACUAAAGGUUGUAAUGAUUUAUUAUCAUCCGAUGAUUUAGGUAUUAAUAUAUCAUUAGGAUUAGCUUAUCCUAAUAAUCGAAAAUUUACAGAACAAGUUUCAAGUCUUACACUUGUAUGUAAUAAACCAAAUUGUAAUAAUAAUGCAUCGAUAACAGAAGUUAUAGCUAUUGCAAAUACUUUUCUUACAGCUCAAUCAAUUGGUAUACAGUUGUUCAUCGAUUCAUUUUCUUAUAUAUGGUUAUUACUAUUUUUGUAUGAAUAA